AGUUCCGAGCGAGCAGUGAUUCCGAGCAGAAACAAGUGCCCCCCGAAGUUGAAAGCGGGAAUAGUUUUGUGAUCGCGUGUGUUUCCGUUGUUAAUCUGUGAGUGAUUUUUGAAGUGAUUAAGUCGUGAAAAACACACAUACAAAAUAAGAUAAAAUGGCUUUGGAGCGCCAAGUUCGUGCAAAGAUCGCCGGCAAGCGUGACCUGGAGAAGGACAAGGAAGCCCAGUACUGGAUCGAGGAAGUGCUCGGAGAAAAGUUCCCCGCCGGAGUGCUCUACGAGGAUGCCCUCCGGGAUGGGUUGGUUCUGUGCCAGCUGAUCAACAAACUGUCCCCCGGCGCGGUGCCCAAGAUCAACACCUCCGGCUCGCAGUUCAAAAUGAUGGAAAACAUCAACAUGUUCCAGCAGGCCAUCAAAAAGUACGGCGUACCCGAUCUGGACGUGUUCCAAACGGUGGAUCUGUACGAGAAGAAAGAUAUCGCCCAGGUGACCAGUACGAUCUUCGCGCUAGGACGAGCGUGCUACAAACACCCGGAAUUCCCCGGACCAUACCUGGGCCCGAAACCCGCCGACGAGUGCAAGCGUAACUUCACCGAGGAACAGCUCGCCGCCGGGCAGACCAUCAUCGGACUGCAAGCCGGCACCAACAAGGGUGCCACCCAGGCCGGCCAGAACAUGGGCGCCGGUCGUAAAAUCAUCAUCGGAAAGUAACUUCCCGGACGGACUGGAUGUUUUGAUAUCGUUUACAAACGGGCAGCGCAACUGUGUAUUUAUAUAGGUUUCGUUUGGGGGAAAAGAUCUGGUUAAUUUAUUACUUUACCGAGAGGCGCAAAUAGGUGAUCCGAGAGAAAUGAAGAAGAAACCCGCCUUGAUAAACCAUUUUCUAUUUGCGUUCAAUGGAGUAAGUGAAGUAGAUAUCGACAUGGUUGACCUCUGUUUAGCUAUACUUGAUAGUUACUCGAUAGAUUGAUUAGAAAUUUGAAUGAUAGAAACCUCAAACUAAUUCAAAAUUUUAACAUUUGCAACAUGCCAAAUAUAUUCACCAUGUCGAUAACUAGUUCACUUACCCUACUACCGAUUAAGUGUAUACGGAUCAAUGGAAAUCUAAGCAUGAACGGAAGAUUUGUAUUUGAACUAUGUAUUUUGUACCUAUACGUAUUAUUAAGCGGAGAAUGGAAUUUUUGUAUUGAGCAAAGUAUGAACAGUUUUGAAAUUAAUUAUUUUUACAAAAAUAACUUCUUAUACUGAAAUAGAGAACGAGCAAUGACAGUGGAAAUGAAAACGAGCGUCGUCAAUUAA